UCCUCAAAAAUCAUCAACAACAUCACAACUUCACACUCACAUAGCAGCUAAUUGAACUUCCUUCCACAAUCAACAACCAUUCAAUUCAAAUGGGAAUACCAAUGAAGAGUGAGUCAAGCUCAAGCACAAAACAUUUCCACAUUCACAAGGCCUUCCUUUUCUGCAACUACAUCCUCUUAGGCGCAGCUGCCAGCUGCAUUUUCUUCACCCUCUCCCUCCGCCUCAUCCCUUCAAUCUGCGGCCUCUUACUCCUCCUCCUCCACGCCUUCACCAUCGCAGGCGCCGCUUUCGGCUGCGCGGCCGCAUCAUCAGCAGGACCUUCUCGCUGGUACUCUUCUCACUUGAUAGCCACCGUGCUCGCAGCCAUAUUCCAGGGCUCUGUUUCUGUUCUGAUCUUCACUAGAACAGAGGAUUUUCUUGCAGAGUUGAAAUCCUAUGUGAACGAAGAUAAUGCCUCUGUGAUUCUCAAAAUAACCGGUGGCCUCGCUGCUUUGAUCUUCUUCUUGGAGUGGGUGGUUCUUACCCUCGCUUUUUUCUUGAAGUAUUACUCUUACCUUGAAGGUGGAGCUGGUGGGGCUAACACUGUUGUUGCCAUGAGGAGUGGCAAGGUGCAAGAGGAUUCGAAGAAUUGGGCAUGCCCUUUCCAAGUUUAAUUGUUCAUAGGUUCUGAUCAGCAUUGUAAUUUGUAUGUGAACUCAAGUGUACUGCCAAUUAUGUUGUCAUUCAUUGAUUGUUAUGUUGGAUUGGAGUAUUUAGAUGUUUGGUUACUCUA